CGCAAAAAUGCACUUUUUGAAGCUAUUAGUAAUAGUGAUUUGAUACCAAGCAUAAAAUCAUUAAAACGAUUAUGUGCAACCAGAUGGAUUCAAAGGUAUGAUGCCGUUAAUGAUUUUGUUCAGUUAUUUCCAUACGUUGUAGUUUCAUUAGAAACUAUGUCAAGUUGGAAAGAUGUAACUGCAGUUGAAGCCAAUAUGUUAAGAAAUGCAAUGGACUCAGAAUUUCUUAUAUCAGUACAAAUUAUAAAGGUUUUAUUUUCAUAUGGGCUGCCAUUGUGCAAACAACUACAAAGCAAAGACAUUGAUUUAAAAGAAAUGGUUGGUUUAGCAGAAGAUAAUGUUAAUGCUCUUAAACAACUAAGAACUAAUAUUGAACCUGAAUUUAAAAAAAUAUUUGAUGAGGCUCAAAAAAUGGCUGAAGUUCUAGAUUUUCAAAUUGUAGUAAAAAGAAUAAACAAAAGGCAAAUAAACCGUGCUAAUCCAUCAUUAUCAUCCGAAGAACCAGAAGAUUAUUUUAGAGUUACUAUUUGUAUUCCUUAUAUUGAAUCAUUCAUAAAUCAACUAGAGCUCAGAUUCUUAGAGCACCAUAAUAUUUUUAAAGGUUUUUAUUGUUUAUUUGACAACAACGAAGAUUCUAAUGAAGCUGAUUUUGAAUCUCUCGUUUCAUUCUACUUGACUCAUAAUGAUUUGUCUACCACUCUUGGUGAACUUAAAAUGUGGAAGUUAAAACUUGCCCGUCUAAAUAUUAAACCAUCUAAUGGAAUUGAUGCAUUAAAACUUUGUAGUCCCGUGAUCUUCCCAAAUAUUCAUAUGUUAUUAAAAAUUCUAUGCACACUGCCGGUAUCAACAGCUACUCCAGAGAGAAUGUUUUCAAAUUUAAAAAGAGUAAAAUCUUAUUUGAGAAAUACUAUGAAAGAGGACAGAUUAAAUGGAUUGACCAUGUUGUCGGUAUACCGAAAUAUAAAUUUAACUCCUGAAGAAGUCAUUGAUGAGUUGGGACAAAAACCCAGGAAAAUAGACAUUGUUUUAUAAUGAAAAUAAAUAUUAGUUAAACGA